AUGGAUUCUCAAGAAAGAAAAGCUGUCUUUCAAAAUUUAAUUGAUUUAUACAAGGAAACAUGGAAAGGUAAAAAUAAGCCAUUCAAAAUAGAAGAUCCGAAGUUAAUGGAAAAAUAUCAUUUGACGGAAUCGAAUGGUGAAAUACAAGCAAAUCGAUUGACAACUUCGCAACCAAUUGAAUUCGUUGAUGUAGAUGGUCAUAUACAAUACAACAAAAGAAAGUUGAAUGAAUUGCCACAAUUUUUAACUCAAUUUACAACCGAUUUAGCCAUUCCAAUCGCUGCUGAAGAAGUCUUUUUCAACUAUUCAUUCAUGCGUGCUAAAAUUGCAUGUUCACCUUUCAAUGACAUUAUGAACGAUUUGCAAGCAUUCAAGAACAACUCAACAUAUCAAAUUUCUCAACAAGCUAAAGAAAUAAAGAAAGAAAUCGAUAUAUUCGCUAUGUUAUAUUUGAUUGUCGGCCCUCAACUUCAAGAAUAUCCGAAUAAUUAUCCCUUUGAAAUUUCUUCACGUCUUCUAAAUCUGUUUGGUAUCAAACCAUAUAUCACCAAUCUAAUAAAACAAUUUGAUGAACAAAGUAUACGUUAUUGUUCUCUGAUUGUUCCUUAUUGUCAACUUCAACCUCCAGGUAGUGGUUUACUCUUUUCAGUUGCUCGACAUACAACAUCCAUAGUCGAUUUCGAUUUUACUGAAGAUCAAAGAGUAGCUAUAUCUCUAUCUGAUAGAAUCGUCGUAAUUGAUAUGAAUGCAGCAAGUACAGUGUUGGAUAUCAAUUUACCGACAUUGGAUGAACCGUAUUUGAAUUCAACCACACUACCAGAAGCAUAUAAUUUCAAUGAAAAUGAUCAAACAAAAAAUGGUUCCUCUUCAACAGAUGACAAUGAUCAAUUCAAGAAAUACUUAUUUCUUGUCAAUUCACUACAUCAUAUCUAUCUUGUGUCUGCUCAUGAAAAUAUUAAAUUUGAACGAUCAUCUCAAGUUGGCUAUUUGAAUGUUGAAGUUUUUCAUAAGAAACGUGGUCUUUUUGUCAUGGCAGAAAUCAAUGGAAAUUGUGUUGAAUGUUGGGAUGUUGUAAAAAAUCGAUUGUUCGAUCGAAUUAAUUUUCCAUCAUCUAAAAUUAAAAAGGUUCUUUGUGUUAACAUCUAUUCGAUGAUUGUUACAGUUCUUCAAGAUGGAACUAUUCAUUUUCAUUCGAUUACUGAUUGGACCAAAUCAUCAUUGGUUCAUCGUGGUACCAUUCAAGCUGGUAUUCAUCUCGAUUUAGUUACUGUCGAUGAGCGAAUAUUAAUUGUCACAUUUGAUACAACUAUUCCUAUCGAUUUUGCCAUCAUUGAUUUAAAACAAUUCAAUAAAAAUGAACAAAUCAUAUGCGACAACCAAAUACCUAAAACAUUAUUCGCUUUCGAUCCUCCGAUUGGACCUAAACCAAUCAAAUCCAUCAUAUUACCUCACAAAGAAUCAAUGAGCGGAAAGAAAAAGUCAAAUUUUCCACUAUUUAUAGCUAAGACUACCACUGAUGCGUAUAUUAUUCAUAAAUGCAUUAGUAAAGACUUAUCCUACGUGUGCAUUAAUGGUCGAUUUGAUGUUGUGUCUAUGCAUGCAAGCAAUCCAAAUACAAUAUAUACAGCUCGUGGAGGCAUCCUCGAAGUAUAUAAAUGGGCAUGUAUUGAGGGUGAAGAUGAUAAAGAAGGCAAUCAUAAAAUUUUCCACAAAUAUCAACUCUAUGUCUCCAUCGAUAUUAGUUCGUCACCUGUAACUACAAUUACAGCUUCGUCUGAAAACGGUCAGUUUAAAGUCUGUUUCUAA